AUGACUUCUGCCACGAUUCUUUUGCUCAUUUCUGCCUCCCUAGCCCCGAUCUCCGAAGCCUUGCUUGGCGUCGGUAGAACUCAAUCGGUCGCCGUCUCCGGAAGACUGAUCUGUAAUGGCCAGCCAGCCUCGGGCGUCAAGCUGAAGCUCUACGAGAAAGAGUCGAGUAAGUUUUAGUGCACUGUCACGGUAUUCAAAAUGAUUCGAGUAGUCAUUUCGAAUAACUGAACUUAUUACUCUAAACAGUUGACGACUUGUUUCAUAGAAUUUCCAGAUAACCUUUCAUAACCUAAACGCUUUUAGCUUUCGAUGUGAAAAUGGCCGAAGGAACGUCUGACAACAACGGCCAGUUCAGACUUACUGGCUCAAAGACCGAAAUUUCAACUAUCGACCCAAAGUUGAACAUCUAUCACAAAUGCAACUACAACGGGGUAAGAAAAGAAAUGAAGAACUCUGUUCCUAACUCAAAAAUGUUUCAGCCGUGCUACAAGAAGAUCGGCAUCACGAUCCCAGAUAACUACGUCACCUCCGGAUCAAAUGCGCAGCGGACCUUCGACAUUGGAACUAUCAACCUAGCCAACCAGUACACUGGACAAACCACCGACUGCAUCAACUAG